UGGACCAGACUGGAUGUUUCAGAUGAUGACGAGGGAAGAAGUGUUUUUCUGAACUGGAUCUCCACUCGACUCUGGUUUCUGGUGUUUAAACUGGGCUAUCAGAUUCACCAGCGCCGGACCAAGCUGAAGAUAAGAAAAGGUUUGAUCCGGUCCAGUGCAGCAGAAGCCUUGUGGGGUCAUGCAGUCCCUGACGGAGGAGAUCCAGAGUUUCUCUCGGACGCGGCUCAGGAAGCAGUGUACCCGCGUGACCUCACUGAGCGGCCGCCGCAUCAUCGAGACCUGGAAGGGCUCUACCAUCACUGUGGUGGAAGACCCCGUCCCCCCAGAGAAGAUCCUGGGCUACGUCCCGGACACAUCCUGGGACCUGCAGGUCGGCAUGGUGAAGCCCCACCUGCUGCUGGGUUCCCAAGAUGCUGCUCAUGACUUUGGCACUCUGAGAAAACACAAGGUGUCCCACAUCCUGAACGUGGCCUUCGGGGUGGAGAACGUGUUCCCGGACCUGUUCAUCUAUAAGACCGUCAGUAUUCUGGAUCAUCCCGAUGCUGACGUGCUGCUUCACCUGCAGGACUGUUGUGACUUCAUCCAGCAGGCUCACAGCGAGAAAGGUGUGGUGCUGGUGCACUGUAACGCCGGCGUGUCCCGGGCUCCAGCCGUGGUCGUCGGCUACCUCAUGUCAUGUGACGACCAGUCCUUCGACGCCGCCCUCUCAUUGGUCCAAUCGGCUCGGCCCGCCUCCUCGCCCAACCCCGGCUUCCUGGAACAACUGAGGAGCUACAAAACAAAGAUGAUGAACGGAUCCAAACACUAAAAGAGGAAAAGAAAAUGCUCAGGCGGUUUAAGAACAAAUGAGUUUGAAUUUUACUGAGAUUUAUUUCACCUCAUUCCAAGAUCUGAAGGUAAUUUGGGGUUUAUUGCAGUGCAGGAUCUUCUUUUCUGCUCUGGUUUAAUGACCCGAGAUGACAUAAUAAUGUAAGAUUAAUAUAAAAUACAGCACACCACUUAACUCAUGACACAAGACACCACAUGCUGGAAAUCAGUUCUUCCAAGAGUUGUUCUCUUCUAUCUAGUAGUAUCUAUUAGAUAUGGUUUUAUUCGUUUAGGUUUUAAGAAAAAAAUAUAUGAUUUUCCUUUUUUGCAUGUUAUUAUUGAUAAAGUGUUUUGGUGUAAUUGCAUUCAUAGUCAUCUCUGUGUUUUGUUAAAUUAGAUUUUGAGCCAUCCUCACUGUUUU